AUGUACUGGAAUACACCAAUAUGUCUAUGUUCAGUGUGUACUGGAAUAUACCGUUACUGCUACAAUCAGUAUUUACUGGAAUCUGCCAUUACAGCAAUGACCAGUAUGUACAAUGGUUUAUUAUAUUCAGCAUGAAUUGUCAUUUACGAAGUGAAAGUUCCCUGUUAUUUUGGAUGGCUUUCCUCAAGUGAUAAUAACUGCUAAUGACAGCUCUAAACACUAGCCAUUGGACUAAGCCAUUGAUGUGCCAGGCACUGCAUUAUAGAAUUCAUAUAUUGGUGUAUAAUUACACCAAAACUAAUACUGUAGACAGCAGUAUAAAUAGUAUGUUAGUGAAAAGCAAAUUUCUGUAAUUUACUAAUGAUUAAGCCAUGUCAGUUCCUUUAGAAAGUUCCUCAGUACAGGCUGUCAUUACCAAGGCUUUUUAUCUGUACUCCCUUUUGCCUGCAGGGCUGAUGAGUGUGUCUUAACUCAGUCUGCGACCUCUGAACAGCUCCAAGUUUGAAGCCAAGUAGAAGAAGGAGAUGUCAGAUGCAUGAGUAGAGAUUUCAAACCAGUUAAAACAGCAUUUAGAUGUUCACACAAUUUUUGAUUACACAAUACAAUCUAUAAAGUUGCAAUGAAUUUUGUGUACAUACACACAACAUUUUUAGAAUGUGUGAUUCUUGACAUGCUAAAAUUUUCUCUCCCUCUCUCCCAUGCAAAGGAAAAACCUUAAACUUCAGCUUAAAAAGGUGCUGAUUGUGAAUAUAACAUGGCAUUCACACUUAAACAGUCAGGGCAUUGAGUAUACUACCAUCCACUUUUUACUAGCACUUUUAUUCAGUAUUCCUGCACCUUGUGAAUGAAUACCUCCUUUUCAUUCCUCUGUUUAUAAGUGAAGUAAUUGCACUUAUCCUUCCCAGAGGUGCAAUAAAGAUCAUUAAGAAGCGAUCAGUACGUUUGCUGAUUUAUCAACCCAUUGAGGGGCUUUGUGAUGAUAAACAUGCUGUCUUGAUGGUCUGUGCAUUCACUGUUCAUGUCACAUGCAGUUAUUGACAAAUGAGAAAAGGAGAUAUGCUCCCACAGUGUGUUCGUGUGUGUGCGUGCAUGGUGCUGACUAGCAGAUCUGAGAUUGCCUUAGGGAUGUUACUAACACCCACAUCCGUCAUGAGUGAGUUGUUACGGUGACGUAAGCCAAAUCCUCCAAUGUGUCUGGGCUCAUCCUGAAGGAGAGCACAGGAAGCCAGGGUGAUGAGAUAGCAGCAGUUACAGAAAACCAAGACAGACAUAAAUGGACUUUAAUCAAAUUUCCACAGUGCCGCAGUCAGAUGAUCUGUUCUUUUACAACAUUCAUACUGCUCCUGAUUAAAGAUAUUCUUAAUCAGCAGCAGUAUGAAUAUUGUACUGGCCCUUUAAAGAUUUUUUCAUUCAGUCUGAAUGAUGUCUCUGUGCACUUUUGACAUUUCCGCACAAAGAAGUCUUUCUCCACAUCACUUUUCUCCACAUCACAGACGUUAUUGAUAUCUAAAUGAUUAUGAGGUCAUAGCGUUAGUCGACACUGACAACAGACCCUCUUCUUGUAUGACUUCAGAGUCAGUUUCCCCACAUGACCUCUAAAAGCACUUUACAACAUGCCCACAUUUAUAUUUAAUGAGCUGCUCAAAAUAAAGCAAGGCUUCUCACAGGCUUUAAGAAAUACAUGUGAAAGCUAGUUACUGAAAAUGAGCACAUCUCAAUCCUGUCAUUUAAACCCAUCAGUGACUUUCUCUACUAGAGACAUUUUUCUCUAAAUAUUCUAAAACAUGCAAAACUAAUUUAAUAAUAAGAUUAUUGUCUACUACCUGAUCAUUGUGGAGAAGUUGUUUAAAUAAGGAAAAUAUUCAAAUAGCUAAGGAUAGCCUUUAUUCUUUUAAGCUGGAUAAUAUAACAUUGUGUACACAGAAGUAUAUAAACCACUGAAGGGAACCCAGACUGCUUUACUGUAGAGUGCUUUGUGUAUGUGUGUGUGUGGCACGUCUAAACCGGUAGAAGGUAUUUGAUCUUCAUAAAUCCCCAGUCACAUGAAUGUGAUCAUAAUCCGCAGCUCUGACAAGUGUGUGAUGCAUAGAUCAGGCAAAUAAUGAGCAGUUCUCUCUUUCCCACACACAGACAUAUUCACAUCUUCAGUUAAUCUUUCUAUUACUCAAUCACAAUUCAAUCACUUAAAUGCUUUUAAGAUAUGUGCUUAAUUGAAGACCUGUGAUGAAGGUCUCCAUGGAUACAUGCACAAACACACACACACACACACACACACAAUGACAAAUGCACUUCUUCUUACAUAAGUCCACUGAUUAUGAGUAAUUUACUGUGAGACAUGUCUCAGCCAUAAGAGUAGUCAUGUUUGAUUCAUACAGCAAUUUCUUCUUUAAAACUACAGCCCCCACUGUGCCUUCUCGUUUAUGCUUGUGCAAAAAAAAUCAAUGUGACGCAUGAAUUGGACAGUCACCUGAUUGGCUAACAGACAGAUACACACUAGAAAGAAAGAGAAGGAGAGAAAGGGAGAAGAAGAGAGGCAUAAAGGAGAGAGAGCUUACUGGAGUAUGAUCUCCAUGCGGGAGGCAGGCGAUGGUCUCCAGACUCAGAUGAACUCUAUGAUGGGAGCUUUGCAGGAGCUGAAACUCCUUAAAGUGCAGACUGCUCUGGAACAACUUCAGCUCUCCUGCAAAACCAGUCAGCUUUAUCAACACUCUCCUCACAGACCUAUGACCUCAGAUACAGCACUCACACAUCAUCUGGAUCAUAUCUCAAGAGGAAGCAGACAAAACGAUACACAGAUUUCAGAACAGCCAAAAAACCAUACCUUUACAAGAGAAUCAAGUCUGUCUGACCUAGAAAUGGAACCCUCUACAUUCCUCACCAGCUCCCCAUUUGAGAAACAUAGUCUGGUACCACACCAGGUACCUAGAAGGCAGGAACCUAGAGGAACAAAUCAUAGAGGAAGUCUGUGCAACUCUGCUUCCUUCUCCAGCUCUGAAGAUGACAGCUUUUCCUCCUGUGAUUCUCGAGACAGCGUCCUUUUAUGCAACACUGCAAGCCGUUCAACCUCAAGAUCUCCUUUUGAGGAGCAUCAACCUUCAUUCUACUCAGCCACGAUGACUGAGGUCCAAGGACUAAUGGACACACUUUCACGGGAAGGGCCCUCAAUCGACAGUGAUUUUUCUCAAUUUGACACAGAAGACUCCAGCGACUGGACGUCCUCUCUGAUGAGUCAAAGCCGAAACAGGCAGCCAUUAGUGUUAGGAGACAAUGUCUUUGCUGAUUUAGUUGGUAACUGGCUUGACCUGCCCGAACUGGAGAGCCGAAUAUCUGGUGAGGCAGAGAGCACAGGAAGGAUUGCUGAAGCAUCUCAGCAUCCACUGCGACUCAGCUGCUCUCAGGAGUUCUGUAGACGACUCUCUCUAACCACCAGCAUCUUCAAAAAGGUGUUGCGCAGCAUUCGACCUGACCGGGAGAAACUUCCCAAGGAGAGACCAGGAUGGUUACACCUAGAGGACGAGGAGGAAACCCUCUUUAAAAGAGCCAAGAAGAAGAAUAAAGGGUCCAAACCUAAAGAUAGUGCCUACAGACCCUUCUGGACAAGAGCUGGUGGAUUGAGAGGGAAAAGCAAACCAAAACCAGAAAAUACAGAGACCAAAAGUUCAAAAGGGCCAAUAUUUGAUUAUAGCUCUGCAGUCUGGGUUUAAGAGCUAUUCAUAUAAACACUGAUCAUCACAGGGUCAAAAACAGAGGACUUAUUUAACAACAAAUAAGUAUGGAAUUACAGCAAGUUAGAAGAACUAACUUUAAGACAAUUCUCAGGACCUAUUCUAAAUUUAGAAGCCAAUAAUGAACACAAGCCCAGUGUGUAACAGAGAGGGGUCUGUUUAACUCUCUUUCUGUCUUGCCAUCAACGUUGUGGUUCUGAAGUUAAAGGUACCCAUUUGUUUUCAGAAAACAACAGAUUCCCAAGGCUCAAGCUCAAGCAUGUAAUUACCAUUACUGUGCAUUCCUUUAACAUAGAAUCAUCCAUAUACACCAUACACCAUGUCUGAGAAAGAAUAAUGUAUACAAUGCUCUCAAACUAGUAUAUAAUUGCAAAAAUUGAGCUCAUCAAGACUUUUUGUAUUAAGGUAAUUUGGGGGAAAAACAAACUGUCUUUUCCUGAUGAGUCAAAUUAACUAGUGUCAAUCUGUUUAUUGAUUGUCUGCCUGUUUAGACUACCUUUAAGGUGCAAGUGUCCAGCUGUCAGUCAAACUCAUGUGCUGAAUACCCAAAAAAUAAGUGUCUAUAUACUUCUCAUGUAAGAAACCAAAAAUGUUCACCUACAGAACUGUAACAAUACAAUAAAUUAUGAAAUGUUUGUAACAUAUGAACAUGUUGAUGUUCUGCAAAUGCUCAUCCACUAAUGUUACCCAUACUGUAUGUUCUUGUUUUCUUAGAAACUCAUGUAUGGCAAACAUAAUUCCUAUAUGAGCACAUUUUACCCAGUUAACAUGCACAAUUAUUGGAACACAGCACACUUAUGAUUAACUGAUGAAUUGAAAUAAGGUUAUAUAUCAGGUCAAAUAUUCACUCAGAACUAAGGAACGUUUGAAAUCCAUUCACUUUUUGUGACUGUCCAAGCUUUAAUAUGUACAUGGAAGAGCUUACCAUAAACCUUAAGUGUUUUUUUUUUUUUUUUUUUGCUCUAAUUAUUUGCUAUAAUGGCCAAAGAGCUUCUUUUUGACAAAUCAAUUCAUGUUACUAUUGAGAAACUAAUCACUUCAUUAAAAGUGUUCUAUGCAAAUUAUGUUGUGUGAAAUAUUUUUUGAAUACAAAUUAAAGUUGCCUGAUUUAUACUUAUACUAAAUAAACUAGAUUUCAAUCUGUGA